UCACUCUUUCUUGAUGAGGAGUUUCUCUGCAGCUCCUCCUUCGAAAAGAGAGAAAGCUCAGCAGAUAUAAACGUCUGAUUUCUCUCUCACUCAUCUCAAGCUUUGCUCUCUCUCGUUUCCCAGGUGGUGUCUUCUCUCUCUCUCUCUAUCCUUCUCUCUCCUCAGUUCAGCCAUGCCCACAAAUCAAUCUUCCUGAAGAAUUGGCCAAGGAUAUAUUAUAUAAUAUAUACAUACAUAUUUAUGUAUAUAUAUGCACUCAUGAAGAAGAGGGGGAGCUGCUGGGAGUCAAUCAUCUUGGGAUCAGGUCAAAACUCAAGACCAUAUACAGUUAGGUAAAUUGGGCAACAAUGGAGGAUUUGUACAGGAACAUUGUGGUGGGAAGUUCAACAGUUGAGGGUUUCCACCACCACCAUCAUCAGUUUGAAGGGUCGUCGGCAUAUGAUAACAACAACAACUAUGACGACAACGACAACAAAAAUGAAUUAACGGAGGAAUUGGAAGGGGCCAAAGUGGAGGCGGCUGCUGCCGCCGCCGCCGAAUCUGAGAAUAUGUCCGAUCUGAUCAAGUCCCAGAUAGCCACUCACCUCCUUUAUCCUGAAUUGGUAUCCGCUUACAUUUCUUGCCGAAAGGUCGGAGCACCGCCGGAAAUCGCAACCCUACUCGAGGAGAUCGGCCGGGUGGAGAACCAAUGGCUAAUAAUGAGCAAUUGCGCUGAAUUAGGAGCUGAUCCUCAACUAGACGAGUUCAUGGAAUCAUACUGUGAGGUUCUGCACAGAUACAAGGAGGAACUGUCUAAGCCGUUUGAUGAGGCCACCAUCUUCCUUAAGGACAUCGAGUCGCAGCUGAACAACCUCUGCAGGGACAACCCCACAUCGACCUUGUUAGGGUCUUCCAACUCUCACUCACACUUUCACUCUGCAGAUGAAGCAGCUGGCGCUUCGGAGGAUGAGCAGAGCUGCGGGGAGGCAGAAGCACCUGAAGCUCAAAGUCUCGGGGCUAGUUCUAGGAGCGACAGGGAAAUGAAGGAAAUCCUCCGGAACAAGUACAGCGGCUGCCUGAGCAGCCUGAGGAGAGAGUUCCUAAAGAAGAGGAAAAAUGGGAAGCUUCCCAAAGAUGCUCGGGCUGCACUCCUUGAAUGGUGGAACACUCACUACAGAUGGCCUUACCCCACGGAAGAGGAGAAACUGAAGCUAUCGGAAUCGACGGGCCUGGACCAGAAGCAGAUAAACAACUGGUUCAUCAACCAGAGAAAGCGGCACUGGAAACCCUCGGAAGACAUGAGAUUUGCUCUGAUGGAGGGUGUUGGUGGCAGCAUGCCCCUGUACUACGACACAGGUGAUGGCGGUGGUCAUCAAUGCACCUGAUUCAUAGAAAUGGUUACUUCUUUUGCUUCAUAUUCAUAGUUAAUGAAACAUUAAAUUAAUUAUCACUCUUCUGAUACAUCAGUCCCAACGUGCUCUGUAUUUUUUUGUUCGACUUAUAAUUGGCUUGUGCGUGUAUAUAUAUAUAUAUGUAUGUAUGUAUUUAGAGACUGUUCUUUCCUUGUCAAGGGAAUCAGAAACAUAUUAAUGAUGAUAUAUAAUAAUUACAAGAUUAUAAA